CAAGGAUUGUGUGCCUUCCUUUAAAAAUUUUUCUUGCAUUGUAAAUUGAUUUUUCAUUUACUUAUUUUAUUUUAUCACAAAGUUGGCAUAUAGAUUUCUUUUUGCCUGUGUCGAAGAGUGUUAUUCCUUUUGGACGAAUUGGAUAUAGAAACACACGCAUCCAGCAAACGAUUGAAGGUUAAGCCAACAACAUGUCGACCUCCGAUCUUUACGCCAAUCGCGUUGCCUUUGCCCAAUUGAUGGCAUUGGAGCAAAUCCCCGGUCAAUCGGAUAGCUAUCGCAAUGUGUCCAAGCCGCAUUCUCCAGGUGGCUUCACGACUGCUUUUGGCGGGCACGUGUACGCCCAGGCGGUGUAUGCGGCAUCGAAGACGAUUAAGGAGGGGUACUUUGUACAUAAUGUCACUGGUUUCUUUACCUCCCCUGUAAUGGUGAACCUGCCUCUCCACUUCACUGUAACCCGGAUCAAGGAUGGUGGCUUGGUCUGCACUCGCUCAGUCAACGUCAGUCAACCCGGUGGUGCGGACAACUGCUUCACCUGCAUCUGCUCGUUCAAACGCAACGAAAAGGGGUCCUACGAGCACCAGGAGGAUACUACUCCGGCGCAAAAAUACGCAAAAGUGUUGGAUGGAAAGAAGCCCGAAGAUCACAAGUUCUCUCCUGCUGUAGAUAUUCCUUGGUAUUGGGAGAUAGCUGAUAGGCACAAUUUCCCUGACGUCUUCUCCGGUAUGGACGUACGCAAGGUGGAUAUGACUCCGUACAAUCAAGGCCGUCCGCCCUACGAGUACAGGCAACUGCAGUAUUACCGUGCGAUUGGAGCUAUAACUGCAAACGACCCCCAUCUGCACGCUUGCGCACACCUCUACGCAUCGGACCGCAACUCUCUCUUUGUACUUGUCAAUGCGCUUGGCAUCAAGGACUAUAGCCGCAUGGCAAGUAUCAGCCACAGCGUCGUGUUCCACCUGCUCGGUGACGAUCUGCUCAUGUACGACGCCGACGGCAAGGAACGGUGGUAUCUCCAGGAAGCCUGGACCGGUCGAACCGUCGCCAACCGCGGUACGCACGAAAGCAAAAUCUGGGAUGCCGCUGGUCGGCACAUCGCCAGCACCUGGCAGGAUGGUCUGCUCAAGACUGCCGGCAGCAACACGCAAAGCGCAGGUCUCAAAAAAGCUAUCGAGGCACAGAUGGUCAAGGCUGCCUCGAAAAUAUGAGAAUCGCGCGCGUUCUGACCGUUUCGGGCAUUCUUUGAGCAUUUGAGCGACACAUUGUACACUUGUACAUACGAUAUCCCACCGUUAGACUUCUUUGCUGUUUCUUUGCUCGGCUUUUUUUUUGUUUCAUUCAUCUUGCAUUGCAUUAGACCAUCUUUGCAUCUAGACGGAUAGAGUGGGUUGGCAUAGUCUCUUUUUUGGGGGGGGGGGGGG